CAUUUGCGGGAGCGCCUAGCAAGUUAGCAUAGCUCCCCUUUUUUCUCCUCCGCUUCUCCCCCCGCCGUCACGCUUUCUCCUCCCUCCCCGUUCCUGGCUGUGUCAAGCGGCGGCCGCCACUACCAACGUGGAGAGCAGAAAGCUGCCUCCGAACGUUGGGGUGGCUUCGAACGGGCUCCUCGAGCCGAGGCGAGAGCGGUAACCGUUGGACGGUACCAACUGCCUUUCGUCGGGGAGAGACGCCCCGCCGGGCGGUACCAAUUGAGACAACCCCGCACCUGUUGGUUUUUUCUUUCAGCCGCCUCCCCGCACCCGCUCGGGGUUCCGGCGGCUCCCUCUCAGCGCGUCAGGCAGAGAAACGCCCGCCCCGCCGCAGCCGGCUCGAACCGGAGCAGCCGCCGCCAUGGCCGAGACCGAGGAGAGGAGCCUGGACGACUUCUUCGCCAAGAGGGACAAGAAGAAGCGGCGGGAGAAAGGGAGCCGGGGAGCCGCCGCUACUGCCGCCGCAUCCUCGGCCGUCUCCGCUUCCAGCGCGCCGGGGGGAGCUCGGCCGGCCGAGGCGGGCUCGGGGGCCGCCGCCAGCACCGCCUCGUCCGCCAGGGCGGUGGUUAAGGAAGAGGAUGAAUGGAAGGAAUUUGAGCAAAAAGAAGAGAUUGACUACAGUGGGCUGAGAGUUCAUUCCAUGCAAAUAAGUGAAAAAGAAGACGAUGAAGGUGAAAAGAGAGAAGAACCAGGUGACAACUGGGAGGAAGCUGGUGGUGGUGUAGAGAAAGCAUCUGGUCCUUGGAACAAGACCGCUCCUGUGCAGGCGCCUGUUGCUGAAACUAUUGUUACAGAAACCCCUGAACCAGUGCAAUCUAGUGGUGUAUACCGACCGCCUGGGGCUAGGGAGACCAGGACACGAAAAGCACCACAAGGACCACCAGAGAUCUAUAGUGAUACACAGUUUCCAUCAUUGCAAUCCACUGCCAAGCAUGCAGAUAGCCGAAAGGAUAAAGAAAUGGAGAAGAGCUUUGAAGUAGUAAAACACAAAAAUAGAGGUAGGGAUGAGGUCUCAAAAAACCAGGCACUUAAACUUCAGCUAGACAACCAAUAUGCUGUGCUUGGGGAUCAGUAGAGCUGCAUACACAUUACAAUUAAGGAAUGCUUUUUUGGUAACCCUCCUACUAAGGUAACUAAACUACAGCUAAGGACUAUGAUGAACAUGCCAUCUUAUUUCUGCUGGAUGUGCUGCGGCAAGUGCAGACUACUUUGACAUAAGUGAUUGCUCUCGCACUAUGGAAGCGUAAUGUGUUACAACUUUCUUCUCCAUUGGAUUUGGGGGAAAUUAAUGUAAAUGGUUGAACAAGAUUCAUCAGUGUUCUUUAAUUACUCUGAAAAAGUAUCUACAGUCAGUGGUCAUUUCAAAAUCUUUUUAUGUUCAGAUACUGAGCCUUCGUAAGGGUUGACUACCUCAGACUUGCUGCACUCAUUGUGGACACCAUGUGGAUCACAACUUCUGGAAAAGAAGGUUACAGCUGUUUUAGUGGCCAUCUGAAACUUGAAACCAGCUUCUCUACUGGGUUCCUGUCAGAAAUCCUGCAGAAGUCAGCCAUUUGGUUCUGAUUUGCUAUAAAUAACAAAGAUUUAAGUGACCUUAAUGAGAAACCUGUCUGGUGUCCCAUCCUGAGGAAUCCUUUCAUGUGUAGUCCUAGCCUACUAGAGACUUUCUGGAGCAUACCACUUUCAAAAAUUAUCAAAGUAUAGUACAGAGCUGUAGUUUGUUUACCUUUUUAGAUAGAGCUGUACUGAGGUAACCACAAAACAAAACUCAUUCCAAUACAAAAUUGGAGGGUGUAUGGGGUGGGGAUUGAUUGGGCUGUCUGCAUUAGCCAUUUUCACAGUUGUGUUCAAGUGUUUUCUUUGUUCUACAAAAAAUGCCUUCCUUGUUUCUGGUAUAAAACUGCAGUAUACUCAAGUAAAAAUGUGAAAUGUGUUAAUAGUGACAAGCUUAUCUUGGUUUUCAUAAUUGGGUCGCUUCUCUUUCUCUGAGGGACUAGGACUUCAGUAGGCUUUAAUUUGGUACACAGCAGAAGCCUGUGCUCCCACUCUAGUCUUCAGAACAUAGUUUCAAAAAAUACAUGCAGUAUACAGGGCAGUAAUAUUAACUUCAAGAUAACUUUUGCUACAACAGAAACACUAACAGCUGUCUCCAAGCGAUCCUAUCUCAUACGAGUAAGCUGAUAUAAGACUCUGAAGGAAGGAUAACAUCAAACCUAGUGAGAUUUCAUUUGUUAUGGCUGCUUAAGAUCAUCAUGUGAGCUUGCAAAGUGUUCAAGGCAGAAAUCCUCACUUUAAAUGGCAUUUUCUCAACUGUAGGAAGCCUAGUGACAAUGGAAGGAGUGACAGCUUUGUUCAAUUUUUGGCCAUCUCUAUUGACUUAACUUAGUGUUAACUUAACAUACAAUGGCAUGUGUAUGCUAAAGCUAUAGGACAAAUAAUACCCAGUUGCUUCUAUACAAUGAAAGAGAAUCUGACAACCAGCCAAACUGUCCCGGGGCAUACCAUCUGUCUUUCCCCUUGCUUCUUUUAGUUUGUUUUUAGUAUGCUAGCUAAGUGAGUAAGCACCUCUUUCCAAAUCUAGGUUUCUCCCUGUAAAUGUGAAUGCCAAGAGGAGGAGCUGCAGACUUAUUUCUUGUCCACUUCAUACUUGCCAAUGGCAAAACAAUCUUACUGAUGUAGUACUUUACGUAUAGGAGACCAGGCUUGGUGGCUCAUGCAGAAAUUAAAUGUUUAGUUUCCCUUUGAUUUAACUGCUGAUGCUCUAAAGUCUGUUUCUUUUGAAGUCUGUAAGAAUCUUGCUGUUGACUUCAGUGGGAUCAGGGCUUGCCCCGGUUCUCACAAUGUGCUUGAUAUAGAACUGGCCUUAAAGCCCUUGCAGAGUUAACUUUCUCAGUAAAAUUUCCAAACUAGCAGCUGUGAUUAGGUAGAUUGAUCAAAUGACAAAUUUAAAAACCUGAAGACUUCAUUUUGAGAAUCAAAACCACUGAAAGUAGAUUUACAUGACUCAGAGUCCAACGCUAGUAAUGUAUCUUCCCUGAAAAUAUCUCUGCCAACAGAACGUUUGUUGGUUUAUGUCACUAAAAGUUUAAGAUUGUCCUAUUUGUGGUAACUCAGUCACAUGGUAGAAACCUAAAAUACUAAAUCGCAACUUUGUUCUGACAUUUUAAAGAAGGAUAUUGGAAUUGUUAAUGCACAUGAAUCAAGUUUUUAAUAUACUGUAUGAUGGGUAGAUGAGGCUGUCCAUUGUACCUUUAUUUGAAUUCUCAGGCAUGGUUUUGGCAGUGCAAGAAAACCUGUAACAUUAAUAAAUCUAAUAAAGUGGAAAUAUACAUGGA